AUGCUAUACAAAAACAUACAGCAAACUCCGACAACUAUACAGCCACACACAAACCAAUUCAGGAAUCACCAAAGAGAUGAAGACGAAGAAAGAGGUAGAGCUAAAAGUAAGGAUCCAAUUUGUCAGUCUACAAAACUACACUUACAACAGGACCAAACCAAUCCUAUACUAGGGCAUGCAUACCAAGGUUCGAUACGUUCUAGAUCAACAAACGAUACAAGUAUAUUAGCAAAUCUAAGAAAACCACUGAACAAAAGGACAGGAACAGAACAGCUAUUAUUUACGGCGAUUAAUCAGAACCAUCAAUCAAAAUCUAAAUUAACAAGAUCAAUAUCGUCACAAGGAGUCAAUGCACUCCAACAACAACAGCAACACAUUCAUUGGUCACCACAUCUACCUCCUCAAAAUAAGAAAAAUAUACCUAUGGUAAAUAACGAAUUACCAACAACAAACCAGAGUCGUCCACAAUUUAGACGAUGGAAUCUGUAUAAUGUUCCGGAAAUUACGUUAAAAGACCCGGUAUUGAGAAACGAUAACAAACCAGAAGGUAUCACCGAAAAAAAUAGUAUAUCACCUUUGACUGUACUUAAAGACCAAUAUGAUACCAAGAGACCCAUGGUCAACAAUGUUAUUACCAAUACAUCAACCGAUAAUUCUUUUAGCUCAUUAUCUAAAGCUAAUGCAAAGGAGAUCAACCCUAACAGGAAAUCCCAAACAACAUUAACUAAUUCACAUAACCAAAACUUGUAUGAAAAAAUGAAAAACAUGGCACACACAGGAAUGAGUUCCCUAUUUUCUUUAACAGGAACUGAAACCCAAGAAAAAAGUGUCAAAUCAUAUUUGCAAAGUGACCUGGACGAAGAGUCUGAUGAAGACGAAGAAGAAUUGUGGGAUAGGAAAAACAAUGACAACAACUUAGAUUCCGAUACCCAGUACCCCAUCGAGCAGGUUAGUGCCCCUACCACUAGCGAUGAACCAGACAAUCAAAGGGUUGAUUUUGAAGAGCUCAUGAUAAAGAUAAGUGGCUUUCAAGAAAACUUUGUUAAUAAGUUGCCUUAUACAAAUGUCAAAUUGAGUCGAACCCAACAACGACAAUUAGAUUACAAGCAGUUGUAUGAGUAUGAAUCAACUGAUAUUGAAAACGGCUCUGAUUUGGUUUGCUAUGAUUGGAAAAUUCAAAAUGAAACAAUACUAUCCCAAUAUACAUCAAUUCGAUUGAGGUUCUCUUCAAAACAAACCACUAGCAAAAGGCAAAAUAAACAACACGUGGAAAAUCAUAUGGGUGUACUUGGAUUCAUUGACAGGUAUAGAAAUAACGCUUCUGGUAAUACACCAACACGCAAUUCGGAUACAUCAUUUGACGAUGUGAAUGCAAAGUUAAACGAUGUAUGGACACAAGAGUUUAGUCGCUUGUUUGCACAUAACGCUAAUGCCACCACCGUACAAAAAGACACAAGUACAACUUCCAACACGGUACCUGAUAUUGAAGAUAAAAAUAUUUAUGAAGACAGAACAGCUAAUAUGAGUAAUUUAGCGAAAGGCGUGAAACUAAACGGACUUUUGAAAAUAUAA